AGGCCGCGCGCCCACCCGCUGCGCGGCCCCGCCUAACCCUCGCAGGCCGCCAGAACCCCCGCGACUUGGAGCAACUUUGUAUGUGCGAUGAGAGGACAGAGGGGCUUUAAUGGUGGCACUUCGGCCUUUCUUUCCUGAGGAGAGAGCGCGAUGGAGGAAUGGGGCGGGGCGCGGGUUGUGCCGCCCGGUGGACGGAGGCAUGCGUCUCAGCCACUCCGUCGGUACAACAACCGGCUCUCGGGGACAUCUGCCCAGCCCUGCGGCGCCGCGCUGGAGUCGCUCCGGGCGCUGGCCUCCUGUGAAGCCCUGCCAGGGUCGGGCGGGACCCCGCAACGAUAGCUUCCAGGUCCGGGGGCCGCGAGGUCGUCUUUGCAGCCAGUCUGAGGACACGAGGCUUGAGCCUCCUGCACCCACAGGCCCUGAGGCUCUGGUGCCCACCGGUAAAGAGGGCAACUGAGUCAAGCCCAGGCUGACCCCCAGCUCAGUUGCACCCCCCAAACACCUGCCUGACUCGAGGUCUGGCUGGCAGAGGGAGAAGUGACACCCUUCUUGUGCACAGCCCUGGCCCAUCCUGAAUGCUUCCCGCCUGUCCUGCCUGCCUUGAGCUUACAACCACCUUGGGAGCUGGAGACCACAGGCCCCUCUUCACAGGGAUUCCAUUGCCAGGUCCUGGCUGCCCUGAUCUGUGGGGCCACACAGCCUCCCGUUCGCAUUUCAGAACCCUGGCCUGGUCCAACCCCUGGACCAGCUACCAAGUUUCCUCUUCAUCCCGGCCUGGCCCAGGUGGACUCCUCAAGCUUCAGGACUCAACAGGGCACAGUAGCAGUCACGUGCAUGCUGGGACCGCGACGGACAGGCUGUUGCUCCCCGGGCUCCCAGCGGCCACUCUAUUUGCCUCCUGGUGCAGUCUGACCCAGGUAAGCAAGAGGAUGCUGGCUAGGGGCGUGAGGAGCAUGCCCAGCCCCCUCCUAGCCUGCUGGCAGCCCAUCCUCCUGCUGGUGCUGGGCUCCGUGCUGUCAGGCUCAGCGACGGGCUGCCCGCCCCGCUGCGAGUGCUCCGCCCAGGACCGCGCGGUGCUCUGCCAUCGAAAGCGCUUUGUGGCCGUGCCGGAGGGCAUUCCCACUGAGACCCGCCUGCUGGACCUGGGCAAGAAUCGCAUCAAAACGCUCAACCAGGACGAGUUCGCCAGCUUCCCUCACCUGGAGGAGCUGGAGCUUAACGAGAACAUCGUGAGUGCCGUGGAGCCCGGCGCCUUCAACAACCUCUUCAACCUUCGGACGCUGGGGCUCCGCAGCAACCGCCUGAAGCUCAUCCCCCUGGGCGUCUUCACCGGCCUCAGCAACCUGACCAAGCUGGACAUCAGCGAGAACAAGAUUGUCAUCCUGCUGGACUACAUGUUCCAGGACCUGUACAACCUCAAGUCGCUGGAGGUCGGUGACAACGACCUGGUCUACAUCUCCCACCGAGCCUUCAGCGGCCUCAACAGCCUGGAGCAGCUGACGCUGGAGAAAUGCAACCUGACCUCCAUCCCCACCGAGGCGCUGUCCCACCUGCACGGUCUCAUCGUCCUGAGGCUCCGGCAUCUCAACAUCAAUGCCAUCCGGGACUAUUCCUUCAAGAGGCUGUACCGGCUCAAGAUCUUAGAGAUCUCCCAUUGGCCCUACUUGGACACCAUGACGCCCAACUGCCUCUACGGCCUCAACCUGACGUCCCUUUCCAUCACGCACUGCAAUCUGACUGCUGUGCCCUACCUGGCUGUGCGCCACCUUGUCUAUCUCCGGUUCCUCAACCUCUCCUACAACCCCAUCGCCACCAUCGAGGGCUCCAUGUUACACGAGCUGCUGCGGCUGCAGGAGAUUCAGCUGGUGGGUGGGCAGCUGGCCGUGGUGGAACCCUACGCCUUCCGAGGCCUCAACUACCUGCGCGUGCUCAACGUGUCCGGCAACCAGCUGACCACACUGGAGGAGUCCGCCUUCCAUUCCGUGGGCAACCUAGAGACCCUCAUUCUGGACUCCAACCCGCUGGCCUGUGACUGCCGUCUCCUGUGGGUGUUCCGGCGCCGCUGGCGGCUCAACUUCAACCGGCAACAGCCCACGUGUGCCACGCCCGAGUUCGUCCAGGGCAAGGAGUUCAAGGACUUCCCCGACGUGCUCCUGCCCAACUACUUCACAUGCCGCCGCGCCCGCAUCCGGGACCGCAAAGCCCAGCAAGUGUUUGUGGAUGAGGGCCACACGGUGCAGUUUGUGUGCCGCGCGGAUGGAGACCCGCCGCCAGCUAUCCUCUGGCUCUCGCCCCGAAAGCACCUGGUCUCCGCCAAGAGCAACGGGCGGCUCACAGUCUUCCCUGACGGCACGCUGGAGGUGCGCUACGCCCAGGUUCAGGACAACGGCACAUACCUGUGUAUCGCGACCAACGCUGGCGGCAAUGACUCCAUGCCUGCCCACCUGCAUGUGCGCAGCUACUCGCCCGACUGGCCCCAUCAGCCCAACAAGACCUUCGCCUUCAUCUCCAACCAGCCGGGCGAGGGAGAGGCCAACAGCACGCGCGCCACCGUGCCUUUCCCCUUCGACAUCAAGACCCUCAUCAUCGCCACCACCAUGGGCUUCAUCUCCUUCCUGGGCGUCGUGCUCUUCUGCCUGGUGCUGCUGUUCCUCUGGAGCCGGGGCAAGGGCAACACGAAGCACAACAUCGAAAUCGAGUACGUGCCCCGCAAGUCGGACGCUGGUCUCAGCUCCGCCGCCGACGCGCCCCGCAAGUUCAACAUGAAGAUGAUCUGAGCAUAGGGCGGGGCUCCCUUUCCGGUCCCGCCCACCCCUACCCCCAGCCCUGCCCUUGGCUGCCCCACCGGUCCUCACCACCUGCCCUCCCUCUACCAGGACCUCAGACGUGCCGCCCGGGGACGCUGCUGCACAGGGGCACAUGUGGACAGACUGUAGUCGGAAGCUGACUGACCUACACACAGAAGUCAAUAAUUCAAUUUUAAAAGUUACGAACUUCCUGUGUAACUUGGGUUUCAAUAAUUAUGGAUUUUUAUGAAAACCUGAAAUAAUAAAAAGAGAAAAAAAAACAACUAUUUCCUUUAGCUAGUCGGAAUGCAAACUUUUGACGUCCUGAUUGCUCCAGGGCCCUCUUCCAACUCAGUUUCUUGUUUAUCUCCUCCUCCUCCUCCUUUCCCUCCUCUUCCUCCUUUCUCUUCUCUUCCCCUGUGGGGAGGGAUCACUCAGGAAAACAGGAAAGGAGGUUCCGGUUCCCUCCCCUCGCCCUCCCUGCCAAGGCAGCCUACAGAAACAGGCAGAGUGGUGGGUGUGGGCCCACCUCCCAGCUGGCUGUUUGUUGGGAGCAAGUGGAGGGGACAGGGCUGCCAGUUGGGAGCAGGGCUACCUGCCAAGCUGCCAGGCAACACUGCUGCAGGUGGUUGGGGGCCUGGUCUGGUGUGGCCGAGACUCUGGACAGGGGCUAGGGUCCUCCCAGAGGACAGCAUAGUCAGCAGAGCGAGCCAGGGACCAGAGGCGGGGACAAGGCCUAACUUCUGGUCCGGCUGUCCCACUAACUUGCUGUGUGGCCUGAAACAGGUCAUUGUUUCUGGGUCUCAGUCUCUACAUCUGUACAGAUGGAAGCGUUACCCCUGCCCUGCCUACCUCACAGGGCUGUUGUGAGGAAUUGAUGAGAUGAUGUAUGUGAAACACUUUGUAACCUGUAAAGCGCUGUGCACACA